UCCCCAAUUUGAGUGUUUUUUUUUUUUUUCAAUCGAAGCUUUUUCCGGUCUGUAUUUCUGGGAAGAAAAGCCUUCUUAAACCCUAGAAAUUUCUUUCCGAAAUUGAAGAAUUAGCUGCAAUCAUCCAUGGAUAUCGACUUUAAAGAGUAUCAGUUGAGAUGCCAACUUCGAGGCCACGAAGACGAUGCUCGUGGUAUAUGCAUAUGCGGCGAUGCUGGUAUAGCGACUUCUUCGAGAGAUAGAACUGUUAGGUUUUGGACAUUGGAUGGAUCACAAAAGCGCGAUUACAUCAUGUCGAGAAUAUUGCUGGGCCACACUAGUUUUGUGGGGCCGUUGGCUUGGGUCCCGCCAAAUGAGGAGUUUCCAGAGGGUGGUAUUGUAUCUGGAGGAAUGGAUACUCUUGUUCUCGUCUGGAAUAUUGCCACUGGAGAGCAUGUGCAGUUGCUCAAGGGUCAUAAAUUGCAAGUCACAGGCAUUGCUUUGGAUGGUUCAGAUAUUAUUUCAGUCUCCGUAGAUAGUACAUUGAGACGCUGGAGAGGAGGUCAACAAGUGGAGACCUUGGAUGCACAUCAAGCAGCAAUUCAAGCAAUUGUUAAGUUGCCUUCUGGGGAGUUUGUUACGGGUUCAAGUGAUAUGACUUUGAAGCUUUGGAAAGGGAAGUCUUGUGUCCAUACUUUUGCUGGACAUACAGAUACUGUUCGAGGUGUCGCUGUUAUGCCAAAUUUAGGAAUCCUUUCGGCCUCACAUGAUGGUUCUAUCAGGCUAUGGGCCCUCAGUGGAGAACAUCUCAUGGAGAUGGUUGGUCACACGUCCAUUGUCUAUUCUGUUGAUGCUCAUGCAUCUGGACUUAUAGUCAGUGGUAGUGAAGAUUGUUCGGCAAAGAUAUGGAAAGAUGGAGUUUGUGUGCAAAGCAUAGAGCAUCCUGGUUGCGUUUGGGAUGCCAAAUUCUUGGAAAAUGGUGACAUUGUGACUGCUUGCUCUGAUGGGAUUGUACGUAUAUGGACUGUAGAUCAUGAUAAGAUUGCGGAUGCUGUAGAACGUGAUUCAUUUGCUACUCAACUUUCUGAAUACAAGAUCAGUAGGAAACGAGUUGGAGGGUUGAAAUUGGAAGACUUGCCAGGUCUAGAUUCAUUGAAAACUCCAGGAAAUAGUGAUGGGCAGACAAAGGUAGUUCGAGAGGGAGAUAACGGUGUGGCUUAUGCAUGGAAUAUGAGAGAACAGAAGUGGGAUAAGAUUGGUGAAGUUGUUGAUGGACCUGAUGAUACUACUAAGCGUCCUCUACUCGAUGGAAUUCAGUACGACCAUGUCUUCGAUGUUGACAUUGGAGAUGGUGAACCUAUACGUAAAUUGCCUUACAACCGAUCAGAAAAUCCAUAUGAUGUGGCUGAUAAGUGGCUACUCAAGGAAAAUUUACCUCUUUCUUAUCGGGAACAAAUUGUGGAAUUUAUUCUGCAAAAUACCGGACAAAAAGAUUUUAUUCCAGAUCCAUUGUUUCGAGACCCCUACACUGGAUCUAGUGCUUAUGUACCCGGAGCAUCGUCAAGAUCGCCAGGUGUGACAAAGCCAUCUUACAAGCACAUCCCAAAAAAAGGAGUGCUUGUAUUCGAUGUCGCUCAGUUUGAUGGGAUCCUCAAAAAGAUUUCCGAGUUUAACAAUGGCCUGCAGUCUGACCCGGAGAAACAACAUUUAUCAUUGAACGAGGGUGAUAUGUCAAGAUGGGGUGCCAUAGUGAAGAUUUUAAAAGACACAUCACACUAUCAUAGCAGUGGAUUCUCAAAUAUUGAUGUUGCAAUGGUGCUGAAAUUGCUAAAAACAUGGCCAGUUGAAUUGCUAUUUCCUGUUGUUGAUGUUAUGAGGAUGAUUGUACUGCAUCCAGAUGGAGCGGCCACGCUUCUGCAAUAUUUCAAGGAUGAAGAUGCAGGUAUAGUUAUUGAGUUGAUCAAGAAGAUAACUGCAAGUUCUCCACUUCCUGCAAAUCUUCUUACCAGCCUACGAGCUGUGACUAAUAUGUUCAAAAAUGGUUACUUCAAUGAGUGGUUACUACUACAUCGCUCUGAGAUUCUUGAUGCCUUCUCAAGUUGUGGCUCAUCUCCAAAUAAGAAUGUACAAAUGGCCUAUGCAACAUUAAUACUCAAUUAUGCUGUUCUUCUGAUCGAGAAAAAGGACGAGGAGGGCCAGUCUCAAGUUCUUUCAGCAGCAUUGGAGAUGGCAGAAGAUGAAACUAUUGAUUCUGAUUCAAGGUUUCGGGCUUUGGUAGCCAUUGGCUCACUGAUGCUUGAAGGACUAGUCAAAAGAGUGGCUUUGGAUUUUGAUGUUCUAAAUAUUGCCACAACCGCAAAGGCAUCGAAAGAUGCCAAGAUUGCCGAAGUUGGAGCUGACAUACAACUCGUAGCCAAACAAACCUGAUUUGAUUGUUUAACUAUCUCCCGGUAAAUCAACCUUGAUCGUUUUAAUUCUCUGUAUUCACGUUUUUUUCUUUAAAUUACUAAUAUAUAUUUUUGUUCGAACAUGAUUUUAAUUUAUUAGAGGAUAGUUUUUGUAUUUCAAUUUUAAAAUAUGAUUUUGAUUAUACCUCAAAUAUUUGUUAACGCCAUCUAUCUGUAUAACUCAGACAUUUAUUUCCUUGCAUGCAAAUUUCAAGAUUGGUUGUUUU